ACGUCUGAUAAACUGUGUCGAAGUAGAGUUAUAAGAAACCGUAGAUAGAAGAAAAGCGAAAAUUGUGCUUCGAAGACAAGUGACGAUGGAAACUUGCCGGUGAACAGUUAGAUUCAGAAUCGAAGGAUAGAUUAUUGCCAAGUGCGAUGGGCUUUAGGGUGGAAAUUGUGUUGGCGCCUUUGUUGUGUUUGCAUCAUACGCGUUUCGCCGUAUUCGGAGCACCGAUCAAACGCGAUCGAAUCCAGGUAUCGAACGAUAGAAGAAGCGCUGAUUUUGGACCAAGUGCAGACCCCACAGAUCCUGAACACUGUCGUACCAUCCCGGAGAACGUCCUGAGCACUGUUCUGGGGUCGGCGUUCAAUGCUAGAUACAUGUCCAUCAUUGAUCCCAGAGAAAUCAGCGUUCGGUCGGAGCCGAUAGUGUCCGAAGUCGUGAAACGCGGGAUAAAUGAAAUACCGUCGUUUUUUGUCGACGAAGAGUACAACUCUGCAUUUAGUAACGACCCGGCUUGGGAACUCGAGUUUUCUAACAUGAAAUACGAAAGGGAGUCACCAACGGGCAACGCGAAUACAGAGGAAAACGCGUCGGAGGGUGAAAAGCGGAAAGUCAGACAUGCACAGAAAAGUACACCGUGUCAGUGCAACUCUAAGAUCGAGUAGAUCGAUCUCGGUCACGACUAUUUUCCAAGAUUUUUGCGAACUGUGGAAUGCGAGAAGACCAACUGCUGGUACGGUUUUUACACCCGCAAGCCAAAGUCUUUCACCGUGAAAAUAUCGCACCGCUGCACCGGCGUCUGCAUUCCCUCACCGACUAUGAACGUCGCCUUUGCGCCAACGAAUAUCGACGAUUCCAGCUCGCCUAAUGAAAUGAGGGAGUUAUGGGUCUGGGAGGAACGGGCAGUCAACUUCUGCUGCGAAUGCGUCGUUGCCGAACCCUGAUUUCAUCACUAUGUCGAAAACAACCUGUGUUCUCACGUGACUUCGCGAUGUUUCGAUUUUGUUAGGCAAAUCUUUUG